AUGCACACGGCGGAGUGCUGCUCUGUGCGGUCAGUGCAGCGACAUGAGACGGAGACCCAGCACAGCCCGACCUGCAAAGCGCUGGUUGGCAUCCUCGCGUCCUCCAGGAGCAGUACAGGCCUCGUGGCGAAGACGGGCUUAAUGCCAGUCCGUCUCCGGCAGUUAGUGAAAUCCAGCCAAGGAGAGCGCGCAAGGAGCUCUAGACCCGUCCGCCGGGGUUUUACACAGCCGCCGGCUCUGGGAGGGUUGGAAGGCGAAGGAGAGACCGCGGGUAGAAAGGUGACGGUGCACCUGUUAACCUUCCCCGAGCCGCCGACCGUAACGGCCCAGCACGGUGGGCCCCCAGCAGGCAGAAGGGCUGCGUGGCUGGCCGAGGCCCCCGACAGCCCCCACGACAGCGGCUGCAGCUUUUGUCCACGUGGCCACGUAGACGGAGCCAGAAGAUCGAAGCUGCUGCUCUCCUCCUGCCUUCUGACCUCGUACCCGCACCGGCUGACACCGUGUAAUAGGCCGGCAGGCGGCUGGAGCGUCGGGACGACAUCGCUUGUCCUGCCCCAGCUCCUAGGAGAUGUGGUCCAUGGCAGACGAGAGCGUCCCGGCGAGACCCCGAAGCCGGCGGGACCCCGAAGCCGGCGGGACCCAGAAGCCGGCGGGACCCAGAAGCCGGCGAGACCCAGAAGCCGGCGGGACCCCGAAGCCGGCGAGACCCCGAAGCCGGCGAGACCCCGAAGCCGGCGGGACCCAGAAGCCGGCGAGACCCAGAAGCCGGCGAGACCCAGAAGCCGGCGGGACCCCGAAGCCGGCGAGACCCAGAAGCCGGCGGGACCCCGAAGCCGGCGGGACCCAGAAGCCGGCGGGACCCAGAAGCCGGCGGGACCCCGAAGCCGGCGGGACCCAGAAGCCGGCGGGACCCCGAAGCCGGCGAGACCCAGAAGCCGGCGGCUAAUUCCAUCCCCUUCUCCCCCACCUCCCCAUCCUCACGCUUACACGACAUUUACACGCCGCUGGCCAUAA